GUGAAUCUGCCUUCUGCUCUCCCACAGCCACACCUGUGAACGCGGACAUGUCCACGGGUCCGCGCCGGGGGACGGGCAGCAGCCGCAGCCGCAGCAGCCGCAGGAGGAGCUCCGGAGACGGACAACAACAGCGGGAGCAGUCGGGCAGAACCUCCAGGAGCGGGACCGUGGUGCGUAGCCAUUCCAGAGAUGUUCCAAGUCUAAAAAGAUCUCUGUCUAUGUAUGAGGACAACACCCCCACAGCUCUGCCGCUGCUGCUGGACAUGGUCAGGGGUCCAGAGCGUCUUCCUGCUGAAGAGGAGCUUCAGGAAAUGCUGAGGGGGAAACUGCGAGUGCUGCAGGCCCACAGUGGAGAGGUCACAGCUCUGUUCAUGGAGCUGUCGGCCCAUCUGCUCUCCAUCGAGCCUGAAGACAAGGUUAUUUUUGUAACCUUUAAAACAUUUGAGGAAAUAUGGAAAUUCAGCACAUAUUACACCAUAGGUUUCUUGGGUCACUGUUUGGAAAAUGUGCUGUUUGACCCAAAGCUUUGGCUGCAGUCUGUGGAGAAGGAUGUGUCUGCUGAGAUUACUUUUCAACAAGACACUUUAAACCUGAUUUACAAAGGCAUCCUUAUGCACGAGGGCUCAUUUUUUGCCAGCUGCAGUGCUAACCAGAUGUUUGACAGUUCCACCUCUGGAGGAGACCUGUACCUGGAGCAGGGGGACAUAGCCCAGUUCGAGCCCCCCUUCCUGGGCUCAGGAUGGAGUGUGCACUGCCUGGCAGAUGGAGCUCGAGGCACUGCCCCCAAACCCUCCCUGGAGCCAGUCCCGGCCUUCUACCAAUGGUUUUUAAAAUCCUGUCCAGAAAGCAUUUUAGUUGGUGAUGGGAAACCCUUGUGCAAAUUCCCUUUGCAGUUUGCCCGCGGUUCCUGUCUGGCCACAGAAGAGUACGACGCAGAUGGGCCAGAUGAGCUGAGCAUCGCACACAAUGAUCGCAUCAUCAUUGUGGGACUCCUGGUGUCGUGUUUUGAUUGGUUUGUUGGGAGGAAGGAGAGCACAGGAGAAGUGGGUCUGGUGAAGACCAACAUGGUCAAACCUGAGGAUACCUACAACUCGGAGGAUUUUUUUCUGGAUGGAGAAGACAGAGUGUUUGUCCGGCUACAAGAGGACAAAGUUAUAGAAGAAACAUUGGACUUAUUGAAGAAAAAACACAGUCUCAGUCAUUCUUAUAAACUUGAUAAGAUGUCCAGUGAAGACCAACGAAAGAAAACCAACUUUGUGAAGAAAGAGGAUGCAGAGCUUGAAGAAUUAAAGCUGCAUAUCCAAAGAGUUCUUUCUCCUGAGCCAACAUUCUCUCGAAGCUCAAAAGAAAAACCCAGUCCAACUGAUCCUGCCUCGCCGUCAGAGACCCCAGAUUCAUCGUGCCCACGUUUCUUCGUUCCCCACAUAGUAGAGGGAAAGAACCACACAGAAGAUCUCAUGCCACUGUUUACAUUUCUAGAAAAUCCAAACUACAAUGUGGACUAUGGUGCUCUUUACCGCCUCACGCCUGACCAACUGUGUUCUACCACUUUCACUGGUCACUCCGAUGAAGACCAGCUAACAAACUUUUUGAGUGUUGCCAGAGAAACCGCCAGGAAGAAGCGCCUUGUUUGGUCGCAAACCCGUACUUGUUUCCUUUUAGGCAAACUUUGCGUUGGUCGCUCUAAAUUUAGCCAGGCGCGGGUCUACUUUGAAGAAGCCCUGAGCCUCCCUCGAGAGGGUUUUACGGAUUUCAGGCUGUUAACUAACAUUUACUACAACCUUGCUAGAAUCUAUCUUUUACAGAAAAACACAGACAGCUUUUUCCCAAUGACAGAAAGACUUGUUGCUCUGCUAAUGGGUUUUUCAUUUUGUCUGGAAAUUGUAGAGGAAGAUACCAUUUUGAAGCAUAUCCUGAAAAAAGCCAUACUCUCAAAGAACAAACAAGCCGAGGCACGAGCAAGUUAUCUGUUAGCUAAACAUUACUGGAUGCGUAAGGAAAAAGAUGAAGUUAUUCCUUAUAUUGAAAGACUGCUGGUGUUUUCCUGUGAGGAUACUCCAAUCAGUAGCAUCUCUCCAAGUGGCGGCUAUUUGACACUGGGAGGAUUGUACAAUGAACUUGAACUCAAUAACCUCAGCUCAUGUUCUUUCCGGAGAACCUCUUUAGACCCUUCAACAACACUCACAGACAGUCUGAGUUGCAUUGUACAACUUAUAAGCCAUUUUGCACCACAACAGGAGCCAUCUCUGCCCUGUCAUCUUGCUCCUUACCUACACGAGGUCCUGUCCUUGACCGAGCUGCAGGAAAAACAAAACGUGCGACACCACACGUUAAGCCAUCAUCUCACCGUUUGCCUGAGCGAGAUGUUUAGCAAGCAUCAGAUGUUGGACCAAGCCAUUUGUUAUAUGCAUGAACUUCUAGAAACCAGUCCCUCAUCACAUUCACUCCCCACCUCACGAGUGAACAGCGCCCUCAUCUGGCUGGCGUGGCUUCAUAUUGAAAAACGUCAGCCUGAUGUUGCGUUGGAUAUUCUGGAAUUAGUUCAGUCUAUCAUGCCGGAGGACUGCACAUCUCCACAAGAAGGUGAAGUGUUAAAUCUGUGUGGGGUGGCCCUCUGUUCCAUGGGGGACCUGCGGAGGGCAGUAGACAACUACCAGGCUGCUAUAGAUAUCUGCCAGGAGUAUGAAGACCUCCCAAACUGGGCAGUGGUUCAAGCUAACCUAGGACUGCUGUGUCUGAAGGCCGGAGCCACAGGUCUGGCCCAGAGAAACCUGAUGGAGGCCGUGCAGAUCUUCUCUGAGCUGGACAUUGAUGGACAUGAAGAGAGCUUCAUCACAGUUCUGCUGGAGCUGGGGAAGCUCUAUGUGAAGCAAGGACAGAUGCAUUAUGGGAAAGGAUGCUACGAGUGGGCCCUGCUUCUGUCGAUCAGUGCGAACCUUUUGGACUGUGAGCUUCAGGCGACCUCUCAGCUGUGUGGCCUGUACAGCUCAGAGAGUCCAGACCAGACUCAGUGCAUCAUCUACAGUCUGCACCACCUCCAGCUGCUGCAGAGGACAGGGGACAGGCACCAGACCGCCUUCGCCAUGGAGUCCCUCAGUCACCUCUACCUAAGCCUCGGCACCCACAAGGCAUACCAGGCAGCUCUAGACUACACCAAAAGUAGCUUGGGCAUGUUCAUCGAUUUGGGUUUAAAGGAGAAGGAGGCCUAUGGCUGGCUCCAAGCUGGAAAGAUAUACCACCUGCUGGGUCAGACUGAACUGGUGGACCUCUACAUACAGGCAGCUCAAGAUGUGUCUCUGAGCACCGGAGACACCAAGUCCAUCCUCAGUCUCCUUGAAGCAGCUGGAGAUAUUUUCUUCAACAGUGAGCAGGACAGAGACAAGGCGAUCACUUUCUAUAGGGACCGUGCUCUGCCUAUAGCGACAAAGACCAGCAGUGUCCACAUCAAGCUGAGGCUCUGUAAUAAACUAACAGAGCUAAUGUUAAACCUGAAGAUGCAUGGGGACGCUGUGGAGUAUGCUCAAACUGCACUGGACAUAAGUAUUUCAUUAGGUGAGUGUCUGAGUGAGCGUGUGGCCUACCAUCGACUGGCAGCUCUGUACCACAGUCUGCAGCAGUCAGAACUGGCAGAGCACUUCUACCUGAAGACCCUGGCCCUGUGCCCCAGCCCCCUGCAGUUUGACGAAGAGACCCUGUACUAUGUCAGAGUCUACCAGACACUUGGGGACAUUAUAUUCUAUGAUGUCAAGGAUCCAUUUGAUGCUGCGGGUUACUACCACUUGGCUCUGGCCGCUGCUUUGGACCUGGGUAAUAAGAAGUCCCAGCUGCAGUUGUGCACGCAGCUGGCCACCAUUUACCACAACUUCCUGAUGGACCGAGAGCGCUCCCUGCUGUUCUACCAGAGAGCCAGAGGCCUGGCUGCAGAGCUCAACAUCAGGAGAGUCAACAUAUCACCUGAACAGUACAGUACAAAAACACAGGCCAAACCAAAUGGACUUGAAUAGACAACUGAUUAGAUAGGCCACUGUUUGUUCAUGGGUUUCAACUUCAUGUUGUGUGCAACAUUUGAGGGCUUUUUCCUUUUGAAAAGAUAUAAUUUAAU